GGGCUGCCGCCGCGCGGUUAGCAUCAUGGGAGCCACGGGGCUGACUGUGAUUCUAGGGUUCCUACUCCUGGUCCGGGGUUCCGUGGGCGAUGAGGCUCGGGAAGCAGAGGCCGUACGGGAGCUGGUGGUCCGGCUACUGGGACCCGGGGCGGCGGCCAAUUUCUUGGUGUCCGUGGAGCGCGCGCUGGCGGACGACUCGGGCCUGGACACCUACAGCCUGAGUGGCGGCGGCGGGGUGCCUGUGCUUGUGCGCGGCUCCACGGGCGUGGCGGCUGCCGCGGGGCUGCACCGCUACCUGCGUGACUUCUGUGGCUGUCAGGUGGCCUGGUCCAGCUCUCAGCUGCACCUGCCGUGGCCGCUGCCCGCUGUGCCCGACGGGCUGACCGAAACCACGCCCAACAGGUACCGCUAUUACCAGAAUGUGUGCACGCACAGCUACUCCUUCGUGUGGUGGGACUGGGCCCGUUGGGAGCAAGAGCUUGACUGGAUGGCGCUGAAUGGCAUCAACCUGGCACUGGCUUGGAAUGGCCAGGAGGCCAUCUGGCAACGGGUAUACCUGGCCUUGGGCCUGACCCAGUCAGAGAUCGAUAAUUACUUCACCGGUCCUGCCUUCCUGGCCUGGGGACGCAUGGGUAACCUGCAUACCUGGGACGGCCCCCUGCCCCGUUCCUGGCACCUCAAGCAACUCUACCUGCAGCAUCGAAUCCUGGACCGGAUGCGCUCCUUUGGCAUGAUCCCAGUGCUGCCUGCCUUCGCAGGGCAUGUCCCUAAGGCCAUCACCAGGGUGUUCCCACAGGUCAAUGUCAUCCAGUUGGGUAGCUGGGGACAUUUCAACUGCUCCUACAGCUGCUCCUUCCUUCUGGCUCCAGGAGACCCCAUGUUCCCCAUCAUCGGGAACCUCUUCCUACGGGAGCUGACCAAGGAGUUUGGCACAGAUCAUAUCUAUGGGGCUGACACCUUCAAUGAGAUGCAGCCUCCCUUCUCCAACCCCUCCUACCUCGCCGCUGCCACUGCCGCCGUCUAUGAAGCCAUGGUCACUGUGGACCCUGAUGCUGUUUGGCUGCUCCAAGGCUGGCUCUUUCAGCACCAGCCCCAGUUCUGGGGCCCCUCUCAAAUCAGGGCUGUGCUGGAGGCUGUGCCCCGUGGUCGUCUCCUGGUUCUAGACCUGUUUGCUGAGAGCCAGCCUGUAUACACCCGCACAGCCUCCUUCCAUGGCCAGCCCUUCAUCUGGUGCAUGCUCCAUAACUUUGGGGGCAACCAUGGCCUCUUUGGAACCCUCGAGGAUGUGAACCGAGGCCCCCAGGCAGCCCGCCUCUUCCCCAACUCCACCAUGGUCGGCACCGGCAUAGCUCCAGAGGGCAUUGGCCAGAAUGAAGUGGUCUAUGCUCUCAUGGCUGAGCUGGGCUGGCGAAAGGACCCUGUGCCAGACUUGCUGGCCUGGGUGAGCAGCUUUGCCAGCCGCCGAUACGGGAUCUUCCAGCCAGAUGCUGUGGCAGCCUGGAGACUCCUACUCAGGAGUGUCUACAACUGCUCUGGGGAAGCGUGCAGUGGGCACAAUAGAAGCCCGCUAGUCAAGCGGCCGUCCCUACAGAUGAAUACCACUGUCUGGUACAACAGAUCAGAUGUAUUUGAGGCUUGGCGACUGCUAUUAUCAGCUGCUCCAAAUCUGACCACCAGCCCAGCCUUCCACUAUGACUUGCUGGAUGUCACCCGCCAAGCAGUGCAGGAGCUGGUCAGCCUGUGCUAUGAGGAAGCAAGGACCGCCUACCUGAAGCAGGAGCUUGAUCUCCUGCUCAGGGCUGGAGGCCUCCUGGCCUAUAAGCUCCUGCCUGCACUAGAUGAGCUGCUGGCUAGCAACAGCCACUUCUUGCUGGGUACCUGGUUGGAUCAGGCCCGGGAAGUGGCUAUAACUGAGUCCGAGGCCCAGUUCUAUGAACAAAACAGCCGCUACCAGAUCACUCUUUGGGGGCCUGAGGGUAACAUUUUGGACUAUGCCAAUAAGCAACUGGCAGGACUGGUGGCUGAUUACUACCAGCCACGCUGGUGCCUCUUCUUGGGGACUCUGGCUCAUAGCCUAGCCAGAGGUGUCCCCUUCCAACAGCGCCAGUUUGAGAAGAAUGUUUUCCCACUAGAGCAGGCUUUCAUUAACAACAAGAAGAGGUAUCCCAGUCAGCCCCAGGGGGACACUGUGGACCUCUCCAAGAAGAUCUUCCUCAAAUAUCACCCCCAGCCUGACUCUCUGUAACAGAUCAGCCAUCUCAGGGGCCUGCUGGAAUAGGUCCUCAAAUCCAGACAAGCCCAGGAUGCUUCCCAUGCCUGGGGGAAGGAGCCAGGGUCUGACAGUGAGUGACAGCAAUGGCUUGGAGGAAAUAUGGUGCUUCCUUCUAUGCCAGACUUGGGAGUUAAAGUACCGUUUUCUGUUAACAAUAAACUGCUGAAUCCGC